UCGAAACAGAUGUUUUUACUGUGAUUUUCAGGUAUAUUCUAUUUUACCUAAAAGACAGAAAAAAACUUUUUCUAUUCUACGGCUAUUUGUGUGGUUAGAGAAUUAUUCAUGUUCGUUUUUCUUUGUGACAGUGAUUCAGCACCAUGAAUCCAGCAAGUGAUUUAGAAAUGAAGAAGCGGUAUACGCAGAGUGCUUUACACGCCUUGUGAUUCCUAAGAAUGACACAUUUCAACACUUGCAUUCGAAUAAAAACACAGUUUGGACAUGUUAUGGUUACUUAAUAAAACUUAAUACUUCAGAAUGUACAGUACAGUAUGUAUACAGUAGCCAACUGGGUAAUGCCAUUCCUUUCUCCACCCAUUUUCUGAAGCAGUGCCUGAUUCACUGCCUGUCUAAUUUUACUGGAACCGGCGUGGUGAACACAGUGUUUAGCCUCUUACAGUCAGAGGGGAUAAAAAAGAUUGUGGAAUCAGAAACCAUGUUACUCGCUCUCAGACUUUAAUACAGAACCACCAGACAGUGGAAAAACGUCUGCUAUCAUCUCUACCUCCAGAUCUGACUUCUGAUGGAUCCAUCCACUUCCAUCAACAUGUUUGAAGAUCUCCCUGAUAAUUACCAUGUGUAUGAAGACUAUGGAUGGCAUUUUCCACCUAACAAUUCCACUGAGACUUCUUAUCCUGCGCUUCAGGUAGAAAAGGAGAGAGAACAUGAUGUGGUCCUGCCAAACACUUCUGAACUUGUUCUCACCAGCAGUGUCACCACAGCCUUCCUCCCUUUGAUCUACAUCAUCAUCUUCAUUGUGGGGUUACCCACCAACGCCAUGGCCAUCUGGGUGUUUCUCAUCAGAAUGAAGAAAAAGAAUCCAGCUUCCAUCUUACUGGCCAACCUCGCACUGGCUGACCUGCUCUUCAUCAUCUGGCUCCCGAUGAAGAUCCACUAUCACUUCAGUGGCAACGACUGGACCUUUGGGGAACCACUGUGUAAAGUUCUAGUGAGUUUUUUCUAUGGGAACAUGUACUGCUCCACUAUCUUCAUAGCGUGCAUCAGCGUUCAGCGUUACUGGGCAAUAACACACCCACUUUCUUACAAACUGACCAAUCGUGUAGCAGUGUGUGUAUCUGUGUGUGUGUGGAUUGUGGUCUGGCUCCUCACCAUCCCACUCUACCAGUAUGACCAGACUGUUAAAGUCGCCAACCUCAACAUCACCACCUGCCAAGAUGUCAUACGGCCCAGCCAAGAACACUGGCCUGCUUGGUACUUCCGGACCAUGGGCAUUGUGGGAUAUGUAGUUCCGUGUGUGGUGUGUGUGGUAGCAUAUCUGCUGACGUUUCGCUCCCUCAGGAGGUCGAUGAUGGACAGCUGCACCAAUAAAAGAAAGAGGAAGGCUGUUGUCUUUAUGGUCAUUGUGCUGGUGAUGUUCCUGGUGUGUUUCACUCCCAGCAACAUCCUACUGAUGGUGCACAGUUUUACACUUUACAAUGAUAACUACAAAUUGUACAUCGUCGCGCUGUGUCUGGGCAGUUUGAACAGCUGUCUGGAUCCUUUUGUGUAUUAUUUUAUCUCAUCAGAGUUCAGAGAGCAUGUGAUAAAGAUGCUGAUAUGUCACAGCAAACAAACAGCUAGUAUUAUCAGAUGUUCCUACAAACCCAUGAGCAUUCAUACUGAAAGCCCAACACCUCCAACAGACACAGCACUACCUGCCUUCCUGGAUCAAACUGAUAGUACACAUUGCAAAACCCAACAAACUGAUCUAGGAUCUGGACAACCUGGUGAAAAGACAACCGUUGUGCAAUGGCAAAAGUCAUGAUACGCCUCAAAAGCAAAAAAAAAAAAAACAAAGGACCAAAUGUGAGCCAGUAAUUUUGGCUUCUAGUGUGAACGUGUGUUGCUGCUUUAUUUGUAUUCAAGACCUAGUGUCACAUGAUCUGUGAGUUUAUUUGUUUGUAUUAGGAACUUCUAUCUUUGAUGAUUGAUUAAGAAGUCUUGCACUGUACAUGGCAGAAACAAUGACAUGAAAAUGUCAAAUAUUGUUUCAAACGAGACUACUGAUGUGUAUAGACAGAAUAUCAAGACUCCUGAUAGAAGUGUAUAAAUAUGACUUGCUGGCAAGUGUGUGAAAUAAAAUAAUUUUGUACUAAAA